UAAUUCAAUAUUAAAAAGAAGAAAAUAAAAUUGGUUUCCAUGUUUAGACUUCUUGCAGUUGCAGAGCCCACAUGUGAGGUUCUUGCAUUCAGUAUUAACAAGUCUGGUCCUUAUUUAUAGAGCCACUUGUGCGCUUGGAAAUGCCAAUAAAUGUAAAUACACAAUUUCCUAUCCCUAGAUCGUAGCCCUCCAUUGUCUUCCUAUACUGUCUCCCUCUGUGCCUCUGAGAAAAUGGCGAAGCUGGUUCUUGCAAUGCUACUCUUGCUUAAAUCCUUCUGUUCUUCAGCUAUAAAUGUUAAUGCCUUCACGGCUUCUGGGUGGACGAAAGGUCAUGCUACUUUUUAUGGAGGAAGCGAUGCUUCAGGAACUACGGGAGGAGCUUGUGGAUAUGGUAACUUGUAUUCAGCUGGCUAUGGGACGGCAACUGCUGCUUUAAGCACAGCUUUAUUCAAUGAUGGAGCUGCAUGUGGACAAUGCUACAGAAUCACAUGUGAUUCUCAAGCUGACCCCAGAUGGUGUAUUAAAGGCAGCUCUGUGACCAUUACUGCAACAAAUUUCUGCCCACCUAAUUUUGCCCUUCCAAACAACAAUGGAGGCUGGUGCAACCCUCCCCUCCAGCAUUUCGAUAUGGCUCAACCUGCUUGGGAAAAGAUUGGUAUUUAUAGAGGAGGAAUCAUUCCCGUUUUGUUCCAAAGGGUUCCGUGCCAGAAACAAGGCGGAGUUAGAUUCACAGUUAAUGGAAGAGACUAUUUCGAGCUUGUGUUGAUAAGCAAUGUAGCAGGUGCUGGUUCCAUCCAAUCUGUAUCCAUUAAAGGCUCAAAAACAGGGUGGAUGACAAUGUCAAGAAACUGGGGAGCUAAUUGGCAAUCUAAUGCCUAUCUCAAUGGGCAAUCUUUAUCCUUCAGAGUCACGACUACUGAUGGGGUGACCAGAUCAUUCACGGACAUUGCUCCAGCAAAUUGGGCAUUUGGCCAAACUUUCUCUAGCUCAGUACAAUUCUAAAAUUAAAUCAUCAAGGGCUUUGGAGUUCAGGGUUUGAAUUGGCAGAGGCGUGCUUAUAAUUUUACUAGAGCAGCCCGCCACAUUCUUUUCUGUUUCUCAUCAAAAGAGAUGAUACCCAUGAACACUAAAAGCUAGCUACUACUUACCAAGCCUUUGUGCCUUUCUAAAGCAAGAAAGCACAGAGCUUGAUACAUAAUAUAUGGUGAGAAAUUUCCAUAUUUUGCUGCAAAAUUAGAA